GAAAUCCUGGAUAGAAAAUACUUUCACCAAGAGGGAGUGUGUAUAUAUUAUUCCAAGUUCAAAAGACCCCCACAGAUGCCUUCCAGGAUGUCAAAUUUGUCAGCAGCUUGUCAGGUGCUGUUGUGGCCGCUUGGUCAGACAACAUGCCUGUUUUACUGCAAGUCUUGCUAUGAAAUACUCCGAUGUGAAGCUGGGUGAAAACUAUAAUCAGGAAAUAGAAGAAUGGUCAGUGGAAAAACAUACAGAACAGACUCCUACUGAUGCUUAUGGUGUCAUCAACUUUCAAGGCGGCUCUCAUUCUUACAGGGCUAAGUACGUGCGAUUGUCAUACGACACUAAGCCUGAAGCUAUUCUGCAGCUUAUGCUUAAAGAAUGGCAGAUGGAGUUGCCGAAGCUUGUUAUCUCUGUACAUGGGGGCAUGCAGAAAUUUGAACUUCACCCACGCAUCAAGCAGUUGCUUGGCAAAGGUCUUAUUAAAGCUGCAGUAACAACAGGAGCCUGGAUUAUAACUGGAGGAGUUAACACAGGUGUUGCAAAACAUGUUGGUGAUGCUCUAAGAGAACAUGCUUCCAGAUCAUCUCGAAAGAUUUGCACUAUUGGGAUUGCUCCAUGGGGAGUAAUUGAAAACAGAAAUGACCUUGUUGGAAGAGAUGUGGUUGCUCCAUAUCAAACCUUGUUAAACCCAUUAAGUAAAUUAAAUGUCCUAAAUAAUCUCCAUUCCCAUUUCAUUCUGGUGGAUGAUGGAACAGUUGGAAAGUAUGGAGCAGAAGUAAAAUUACGGAGAGAACUGGAAAAAACUAUUAAUUUGCAACGGAUCCAUGCAAGAAUUGGUCAAGGUGUGCCUGUGGUAGCACUGGUGUUUGAAGGUGGACCCAAUGUCAUACUCACAGUUUUAGACUUCCUUCAAGAAAGUCCUCCUGUGCCAGUGGUAGUAUGUGAAGGAACCGGUAGAGCUGCAGACAUACUGGCGUAUGUUCACAAGCAAACGGAGGAGGGAGGGUAA